AUGUCUUUCCUCUACCUCUUGCUUGUGGCCUCGAUAGCCCAAGCUCUUCGUUACGAUCCAGCCUAUGCUGAGUACAACCUGAAUACCAACCAAAAAGCAGUCAGUCCCUUGGACUAUUCUGGUGAGCGCGAUGGUCACACAUAUCAUCCAUCUCCAGACAACUGGAGGUUCCCUUUUUAUACUGUGAUGCUCGAUAAGUGGGUGAACGGUGAUCCCUCCAACGAUAACGCCAAUGGCACUCUUUUCGAGCAAGAUGUAUGGAGCACACAGCUUAGGCAUGGUGGUGAUCUUCAAGGUUUGGUCGAUUCUCUGGAUUACAUCCAGGGCAUGGGCAUCAAGGGAGUCUACAUUGCCGGCUCGCCUUUUAUAAAUCAGCCAUGGGGAUCAGAUGCAUACUCGCCGAUUGAUCUGACCCUCCUCGAUGCCCACUUUGGCAACAUCGAAUUAUGGCAGCAAGCCAUUGAUGACAUACACACGCGAGGGAUGUACGUGGUGAUGGAUAACACAAUGGCCACCCUGGGGGACCUUCUCGGCUUCGAAGGCCACUUGAAUAAUUCUGCCCCUUUCAAGACAGACGAAUACAAAGUCUUAUACAAGACCGAAAGGCAAUACCACGACUUCGUUUUCGGUAAUGAAUACAACGACGCCUGCGAAUAUCCUCGAUUCUGGAACGAGACGGGUUUCCCUAUUGAUGACGCCGAACGCGAUCAAUUCAAGGGCUGUUAUGAUUCCGACUUCGACCAAUAUGGCGACACAGAGGCCUUUGGCGUCCAUCCGGACUACCAAAGACAGAUCACAAAAUUCGCAUCUGUGCAGGACCGUCUCAGGGACUGGGUACCUUCUGUCCGCCAGCGUCUCGAAAACUUCUCCUGUAUGGUCAUUACUAUGCUUGAUAUCGAUGGUUUUCGAUUCGACAAGGCUGCUCAAGUGACAGUAGACGCACAAGGCAACUUCUCCGCAGCAAUGCGUGACUGCGCAGCCAAGGUUGGCAAGAAAAACUUCUUUCUCCCGGGCGAGCUCACACCCGGCAACACUCUCAGCUCCAUCUAUUACGGCCGGGGCCGGCAACCCGAUCAACAGCCGGAGGACCUUCCCACGGCGAUGAAUUUGACAGGCAAGCAGGACGAGGACAAGUUCUUCCUCCGCCAAAAGGGCCAGAACGCUCUCGAUUCGGCCGCAUUCCACUAUUCUGUGUACCAUUACCUCACAAGGUUUCUCGGCAUGAGCGGUAAUCUGGAGGCUGGUUAUGAUCUUCCGCUCGACUGGGUGAAUGCCACGAACCAGAUGAUUCUCACAAACGAUUUGGUCAAUCCGAAUACCGGCGAAUUCGACCCACGACAUAUGUACGGGGUCACCAAUCAAGACAAUUUCCGCUGGCCAGCGAUUACUCAAGGAGUUGAGAGGGAACUGUUAGGGUUCUUCAUCACAACAAUUUUCUUGCCUGGCAUUCCUUUGGUCUAUUACGGCCAGGAGCAGAACCUCUAUGUUAUGGACAACACAGCAGACAACUACAUAUUCGGCCGUCAACCAAUGAGUCCUGCGCCGGCGUGGAAGAUGCAUGGCUGCUACAGUCUGGGCAGCUCACAGUACAUUGACUGGCCUAUAGACCAAGGGCGACGGGGUUGCGAGGAUGAUGGAGUCGCACGAGACCACCGAGAUCCCAGCCAUCCGACGAGGAACAUAUUGAAGGCCAUGUACGCCAUGCGAGAGAAUUAUGAUACGCUCUCUGAAGGAUGGCUGGUACAACAGCUCUCGAACCAGACUGACUUGACCAUGUUGAAUGGGAGCACGACACCUACUGAACGCGGGAUUUGGAGUGUUGCCCGGGCAUUCUUCCCCACCGUGCAAGGACAGUUUGCCUCAGACCCCGUCUGGUUUGUCUACCACAACCGCGACUCAGAGACAAAGUACAGUUUUGACUGCAGCAAGAACGAGACGGCUUUCUUCUCUCCCUUCGACGCCAAGGCUGAACUCAAGAAUCUGUUUUAUCCCUACGAUGAGAUCGAGCUCGAGAGUUCCCCCAAGUCCUUUGGCUUUGAUGGCUCUGAGAAGACAAGCGGAUGUCUUUCCGAGAUCACAAUGGCUCCUUUUGAAUACCGGGCUUACGUGAAGAAGGCUGACUGGAAAGAAGCUCCUCCGAUGAUCACAAAGUUCGCGCCUGGCCAUGAUAUUUCUGUUGAUUCAGCAGGUGCCAAGGGGGCAUUCGAUGUCAGCUUCGCCUUCUCGCGGGAGAUGGACUGCGACGGGGUGACAGAAUCGAUCACCAUUUCCUCGCUCAUAGAGGGAGAUGCUGGGAACGCUGAGAUCGAUAAUGCCACCGUCAAAUGUACCACGCUUUCUGACGACGAAAAGCCACCUUACAUCGGUGCAAUCGGCUCAAAAUGGCGCUGGUCUGCGACGCUUCAGAACGUCCAGGACGGUGUCCACUCGAUCAUCGUCAAGGACGCCGCCACCAAAGGCGGGAAGGACAGCACAAACUCCGCUGACAAUUUCUUACUCCGAGUGGGCUCGGUCGACAAUCCCGUGGUGUGGCCCAUGACUGCGAAUUACUCGACGUCGCUCUUCACCAAGUCUGGCAGCGACUUCUUUGUAAACCACAAAGCAGCAGGCGCCUCUUCAUGGCGUUACUCGACAAAUUGGGGCUCGUCUUGGAGUGACUGGCAGCCGUAUACAGGUGGCAGGCAGCAGAUCAAGGAGCUUCCGUGGGAAGGGACUUCGGAACAGGCAUGGUCAAAUGAUCAUGUAAUGGUCCAAUAUCACUCCUCUCCUCUCGGAUCUAGCAGCAUCAUUCAACAAGGCGAUGUCGCACCAGACCCCGGCAGCCGCCUGUCCCGCAGGGACUCUACCACAUCCACCAGUCGCUUCCCUCAUCUUUUUGUGAUGGGAGGGUUCAAUCAGUUUGGUUUCGACGCAGGCAUCCACAACAAGAUGUCCGUCGAAGGCGACGGCGAAUGGGAGCUGCACUUGAUGGACGAAUGGCCGUCACAAAUCCAACUCAAUGUCUGGGGUAUAAAUCCUGACAAAAAGCCAGACCAGACUUACAUCCUCGGCGAUGUGGACAACGACGGUAUCGCGGAUCGUCUGUCCCCGACUGCGUUGACGCCAAAUUUCUUCAACAUCUCUUCACCCCCAGCAGGCUCGGCACUCAGCUACAAGCUGCGCUUCAACGACAACACCCUGGGAUUUGUGAUGGAGCCUCAGGGCAACUGGUGGAUCCAGAUCAUCUUGUUUAUUCUUCUCGCUGUGCUCCCAGUCGUGGGUGGUCUUUUCGCCAUUUGGACCUUCAUGGGCUCGUUCUACAAGGUCAAAGUGAACAAGAUCGGCUUCAAGCGCGUCGGCAGGUCGCCCUUUGGCAGGGCUGCAAACCGACUAUCGAACCUGUCAUUCGAGGACUUCCGAAAGCCCCGUGACAGCAACAGCAUGGAGAUGAGCGAUGUCGGGGCUGGUGCCGUGGCCAUCAAGCGGCGCACCGUCCUCAUCGCCACAAUGGAGUACAACAUCGACGAUUGGAACAUCAAGAUCAAGAUCGGCGGCCUUGGCGUUAUGGCUCAGCUAAUGGGCAAGGCGCUUGAGCAUCAGGACUUGAUAUGGGUGGUCCCUUGCGUAUCAGGGGUAGAAUACCCAAUAGACCAACGGGCUGCUAGUUUCUUCCCGGUGAUUAUGGGCAAGGAGUAUGAGGUCGAAGUUCAAUACCACCGAGUCAACAACAUCACGUAUGUACUGCUGGAUGCGCCCAUCUUCCGAAAGCAGUCCAAAGCCGAUCCAUACCCUCCGAGAAUGGACGAUAUGGAAUCAGCUAUCUACUACAGCGCAUGGAAUUACUGCAUUGCGGAGACAAUGAGACGGUUUCCGGUUGAUAUUUACCACAUCAACGAUUACCACGGAGCUGCCGCGCCCCUGUACCUCCUUCCGGAACGGACCAUUCCUUGCGCUUUGAGUCUUCACAACGCUGAGUUCCAAGGUUUAUGGCCGAUGAGAACUCCAGAAGAGAACAGGGAAGUUUGCUCGGUUUUCAAUCUCGACCCGGAGAUCGUCAAGGAAUAUGUGCAGUUCGGGUCGGUCUUCAACCUCCUCCACGCAGGAGCCUCUUAUCUCCGGGUGCAUCAGAAAGGAUUCGGCGCUGUUGGUGUCUCGAAGAAAUAUGGCGACCGGUCGUACGCACGAUACCCUAUCUUCUGGGGUCUGUCCAAGAUUGGCCAGUUGCCGAACCCCGACCCAACCGAUACGGCAGAGUGGAACAGCAACGAGCUAGACAACAUCACGAAGCCCACGAUCGAUGAAGAGUCUGAGUCUAAACGCGGCGAACUGCGAAAGCAAGCCCAGGAGUGGGCUGGCCUCGAGGUUGACCCUACGGCCGAACUCUUUGUCUUCGUCGGUCGAUGGAGCUUGCAGAAAGGAGUCGACCUCAUUGCGGACAUCUUUCCGUCUAUUCUCGAGAAACACCCCAAGACCCAGUUGAUUUGCGUUGGACCUGUCAUCGAUCUCUAUGGGAAGUUUGCCGCUCUCAAACUGGCCAAGCUCAUGGAGAGAUACCCGAAAAGAGUCUACAGCAAGCCAGAGUUCACAGCUUUGCCUCCUUACAUCUUUAGCGGAGCAGAGUUUGCCCUUAUACCUUCUCGAGAUGAGCCAUUUGGGCUUGUGGCCGUUGAGUUCGGUCGAAAGGGGGCUCUCGGAGUUGGCGCUCGCGUGGGCGGUCUCGGACAGAUGCCUGGCUUCUGGUACACGAUCGAAUCAACUACACCCCGCCACCUACUUCACCAGUUCCGCGGCGCAAUUGUAUCGGCCCUGGAGUGUAAGACGAAGGACCGUGUCCAGAUGAGGGCAUGGUCAGCCAGGCAGCGCUUCCCCGUUGCACAGUGGCUGCAAGACCUUGAGAAGCUCCAGUCCGAGGCUAUCCGCCUGCAUGACAAGGAGGCGCGGAAGAGCAAGCGCUUCACCAGUGGGCCACUGCUGACCGUCCCCUCGAACAUCAACUUGGAAGCGGCCAACGAGAGGCUGUUCGACGACACUGAGCCAACACCUCCGCCGUCGGCCUUUGUAUCCCGAGCUGUCAGUCCCCGCGGAUCACGGUCCUCGAGCCUUUCCCUUCCAUAUUUCGCCACUCGGGUCGAAUCAUCGGGACACGCGCCGUCGAUAAUAAGUCGUGAGAGCCGGUCACGCUCGCCAUCGCAGCCUCCUCCACCGCCACAGAUCAACGAGCCCGAGCCAGAUGUUACCGGUCCUCUUCUUCCGCCGAACCCAUUCUACGCUGCUGAGGACUCUGGAAACCGCUCGUCUUCCGAUAGCCUGGCUACCAUGACCACCGCGGUGAACAGAGCUGGAGACAGUAACCCUCGCCAGAAUGCAUACAGAGACCUCGUUGGAGAGGGACCGUAUCACGACCCACCCCGUGACAGCAUAGACACUUUCGCCUUCCGCAUGAUGGCACCCGACAGCACCGCACAAUCUCAUCUUGCCGCAAACUCGAGCAAUCUGACCGUUGACCGUGGCUUCACAAACCACCGCAACAGCUCACGCCUGUCCGUCAUCGAUGUCGUGGGCGAGAGGACCGAUUACAAGCUGCAGAAGGUCGACCCAUUCUUCAAUGACAGCACUGGAGAGUACUACCGCGAUUUUGAGCAGAAGCUUGCUGGUCUCAGUGUGAAGAACAGUGAGAACGAGCUUUGCAUUGAGGAUUACCUCACAAAGUCGGAGAGAGAAUGGUUCAGGAGGUUCAAAGAUGCGAAGCUGGGACGUUCUCGAAGCCCCAGUGGCAGCAGCCCCUUGCCCAGUGGUUCGUCCAGAGGUCGCCACUCCCGGUCAGUGAGCUACAACAGCAUCGCACCCAGCGACGAAGACGAUGGCGACGAGUUUGAUACUAGGAUCUCGGACCCCGAUCGAGACGAUGAGUUUCUCUUGGGCACUGGCUACAAGCCACCCAAAGGCCUCAAGAAACUCCUCCAGAUUCGUCUUGGUGACUGGCCCAUCUACUCCUUCCUCCUCGCCUUGGGGCAGAUACUCUCGGCCAACAGCUACCAAGUUGUCCUGUUGACGGGCGAGGUGAGCCAGACAGCCACAAAAUUGUACAUAGUGGCAGGGACAUACGGAAUAAGCUCCAUCCUCUGGUGGUUCAUCUACCGCCGGUUUCAGUCUCUGUACACCCUGUCCCUACCCUGGUUCUUUUACGGCCUGGCCUUCCUCCUCGUAGGCAUCUCGCCAUUCGUCCCAGCCGACAGCAGCCGCAACGUCGUCCAGUCGCUCGCCACGUGCCUCUACGCCGUCGGCGCCUCUACCGGCAGCAUCUUCUUCGCAGUCAACUUCGGCGACGAGGGCGGCUCCCCGAUCAGCACGUGGAUCUUCCGCGCGUGCGUCAUCCAGGGCAUCCAGCAGCUCUAUAUUGUGGCGCUGUGGUACUGGGCCUCGGUGCUCAACGGGCAGGACGGCGACGGGCCCACCAGCGGCACCAUCGCCAGCAGCUCCGUCCCGAUCCUCCUCGUCAUCACCGUGCCCAUCGCCAUCAUCAUGUGGCUCGUCGGGAUCGUCCUGUUCGUGGGGCUGCCGGACUACUACCGCCAGUCCCCGGACUACAUCCCCAGCUUCUACAAGUCCCUGAUGCGCCGGCACGUCGUUCCGUGGUUCUUCCUCGCGGUGGUGGUACAGAAUUACUGGCUGAGCGCGCCGUACGGCCGGAACUGGCAGUUUCUCUUCUCCUCCAAGUACAUACCGGGCUGGUCCGCGGUCCUGCUCGCCAUCGGCUUCUUCGUCAUCGUCUGGGCGCUGCUGCUCUGGAUCUUCUCCAAGUUCAGCCAGAGCCACCCGUGGAUCGUGCCCAUGUUCUCGGUCGGCCUCGGCGCGCCGAGGUGGGCGCAGAUGCUCUGGGGCACGUCGGGCAUCGGGCUCUACCUCCCCUGGCUCGGGAGCGCGGUGGCCUCGGCGGUCGUCUCGAGGAUCCUGUGGCUCUGGCUUGGUGUCCUGGAUACCAUACAGGGCGUUGGUGUUGGUAUGGUGUUGCUGCUGACGCUGACCAGGCAGCACGUGGCCGCUACGCUUGUCGGUGCUCAGAUCCUUGGGAGUAUAGCUACCAUCUUGGCGAGGGCAACGGCGCCGGACAAGAUUGGUCCAGGGGAUGUUUUCCCUGACUUUUCGGAGGGCAUCAUGCCCGGUAUUAGCAAAGCAUGGUUCUGGGUUGCUUUGGGCAUGCAGUUGAUCAUUCCGUUUGGAUACUUCAAGUUCUUCCGCAAGGAACAGGUGGCGAAGCCUUGA